AUGGCAGAAGACAAAAAGCUCACCAAAAAACAGCGCAAGUCGCUCGCCUUCCGCCAGGGCAAACGGCAGAAGACCAAACCAUCCGAGGAGGAUUUACGAGACCUGCCCGAGGCCGAAGCUCUCAAUGAUGUGCCCGUUGACGAAGAUGCAGACGCUGAGCCCCAAGUGAUCAGGUUCGCACAACAAGAGACGGGGAAGAAGAGGAAGAGAGGGGAAGAGAACGGAGAGGGGAAGGGGACGAAGAAACGGAAAGGGGAUGAUGGGGCUGCUGUUGCUGGAGAGAAGGAGCCUAAAGGGAAGGACGGCGAGGGGAAGAAAGCCCAGGCGCAGAAGAAGAAGCGCUAUCUGCUUUUUGUUGGCAAUCUGCCAAAGGAUGUGACCGACCAUCAGCUGGCGGCACAUUUCUCUUCCCUCCCAACAACACCUACCAUCCGUCUUCGCCGUCCCCCCGGCACACCCAAUACACCCAACGCUGCUUCUAACGCAAAGAGCCAGCCCAAAUCCCGCCCCAAAAUCUUCGCGUUCCUCGAGUUCUCCGACUCUGCCUCCUUGCAGGCUGCCCUCAAGCUGCACAGGAGCAACUUGGGAGGAAAGAUGAUCAAUGUCGAGCUUACGGUUGGAGGUGGAGGAAGUGGGGAGAAGAGGAAGAGGCGGUUGGAGGACAAGAGGAAAAACGCCGCUGAAAAGCUCAGGGAGUAUGCGAAGCAGGGAGCGGAGGAGGCUAAGGGGAUUAACAAGGAGUGGAAGAAGGAGCACCGGGAGAAAAAGGCGAAAGAUGGAAAGGGACGGCAGGGGGAGACAGGUAGGCCCAAACGUCCCGUGGCGAGCGGAGUGAACGCUAUUCCUGUUGGAUGA